CUAAGGAGACCACUCUAUCACCUGGGCCCACAUCAAGGCAUAGAAUAUUCUCUGCCUCCAGGACCCUCCCCACACUUCAUUCAUGCUAUUUUGCCUCCUGGGGCAGCUACUGCCCUGACAGCUAACACAGCUAACACGGUAUGUGGUCAAGUGUUUCCUGAGUAUGAGCCUUGCCCAGGUGAAAUCGUGACACACAUGCCUUUUCAUGCUUGGCUCCCUUGGUUCUGUGUUACAUAUGGUGCCUGGUUUCAUUCUUGUAUGCGGUCCCAUCAGUAGGCUGCAUGGUCCUUUUGUACAUUGGCUGUCCUGCCAUGGGUGGUUUCCGGUUUACAACGAUCCCACAGCCCAGCCACAAGGCCACAAGCAUGUUGUGUGCUUCUUCCUUUCUGCUGCCUACCCUGGCCAGUUUGCUUGCCCUCUACACGGCUGUGUUUUUCUCGAGAAAGGUAGCGGUUGUCCUGGAUAUCAGUCUUUGCAAUCGACCGUGACUACAUGUGCAGUGUGGGGUUGCAGCCCUGCCUGCCUGUGCUGCGUGGGAUGGAUGAGCGAAUGCCUGGAGUAGUGCCUGGCCCAGGUUGGCAGCCUUCCCUAGUCUUCCCUGUCUCCUCGGACCAAAUCGAACAACUGCACCGGAGGUUCAAGCAGCUGAGUGGGGACCAGCCCACCAUCCGGAACCUGCGCAAGGGAUCCAGUGGCCUGGCCGACGAGAUCAACUUUGAGGACUUCCUGACCAUCAUGUCUUACUUCCGGCCCAUCGACACCACCCUGGGCGAGGAGCAAGUGGAACUGUCCCGGAAGGAGAAGCUGAAAUUUCUGUUCCAUAUGUACGACUCGGACAGCGAUGGCCGCAUCACCCUGGAAGAGUAUAGAAAUGUGGUGGAGGAACUUCUUUCUGGAAACCCUCACAUUGAGAAGGAGUCAGCUCGAUCCAUUGCAGAUGGAGCCAUGAUGGAGGCGGCCAGUGUGUGUGUGGGGCAGAUGGAGACUGCUGUCCUGGAGAGCUGUGUGACUCAGCGAAGCAGAAUUCACAGUCUGGGUGGUGCCACCGUGGCCUCUGUACCACUCUGGGUAGCAUGGAGCACGGUGUCCCGAGAGCAUUGGCUCCUCAGUUAGAAAAGUGGGGUGUUCUCAGGCCUCAACACGGGUCUCAGCACCUGCCAUCUGUGAAAAUCACUGGUGUUGGGGGGCAGCUGAGGGACUGAGCGGGGGCUCGGCCAGAUGUGCACUCUGGUUCAUGGUUUCUGCUUCAUUCUAUCACUGGGGAAACCGAUGCUCAGCCCAAAAGAUUCUGUGGCACGUGUGACCUUUCCUUGCAGGGUGGGGUGCAGCCCAGCAGCCCCAGAACCAACUAGGGUGGGUAGAUGUCACCUCCAGGGCCCAGGCUUCCAGCAAGCUCUGGCCUCCUUGUACCUGUUUUGACAACAGCCUCGGAGUGGAGAUGGGUCCAUGCUGGCUCCCACCCUCUGUGUCACUUGCCUGUCCUGAGGAUCUUCACUCCCCAGAGGCAGAGCUGCCUUCCUGGCUUGUGCUUAUCUGGCCCCAGUAACACUGCUGUGCUCUGUGUAUACCGCCUCAGGGAAGGGCCCUGACCUGAUAGAGAGCAGAGCUCCCCUUUGUAACUGGGGCAGAGCCAAACACCCAUUUGGUUUGGUUACACUCUCCUGUAAAUGACUCCCUGUCCCACUCCACAUUCAGCUGGGGACUUCUCUUAAUUUGCUGUAGUGAAACUGUUGGCAGCUGGUGCCUGCCUCACAGGUGGGAUCCCCAGGAGGGUGGGGACAGAGCCGCCAGGGAGCCUGGCAUGCGUGCCUAUGACGGAGCACACACUGUGUGCAUCAGCCAGAUCCGCACAGACCCAGCUCGGGCUGAGCUGUGGGUCGGGGCGGCCGCUGGCAUCCGAUGGUGAUCAAUGCUUCUGACCACACUACUCACCGAAGACCAGAGAGCCACCCACCAUUCCUGCUUUGAUGUCUUUCCAGAGCCACUUACUGACUUAGGGCGGUGACUCUUUAAGUACCAUCUCUAGACCGUGUCUGUGCAGGGAUCUUGGUGGGGAGAGAGAAGGAGGGGCUGCUAAGUUAGACUUCAUCCUGGCUUCGCCAACUCCCAGCCUCUGUCCUUGCCAGCUCCACACUCCUGCUGGAUUCCCCACAGCAGGGCUAGUCUAUUAUUAGCUCCUCUCACCCAGCCUGGGAGCCUGGUGCCCUGGAGAAGGGGUGGACACUUCUCUCUCCCUGAGCGGGAGGAACAGAGAGGAAUAGCCCCUGGGGACAGAGCAAGCCCAGGCCAGUGGAAAACUGGGGGGGG